AUGAAACUUCUAACGGUACACUAUGAGGAAUUCCCUGCUCUGUUCUUCUUGGAUUUUUAUACAUUCAACCAGCGCAAGGACAUCAUAUCCACACCUAAAGCCACCCUCUCUGAUAAUUACUAUAAACAACUUGGCAGCAGGGAGCAACUGCGCUCCGACAUCGAUACGUUUUUCGCUUCAGUGCAUGUUUUCUUUCCAAUAGUAUCGAAACUUCGAAUUUAUCGAGUUCUCAAUGGAGAUGCCAACAUACUCGAUCCAGACAUGGUUAUUUUAUCCCUAGCAAUGAAGAUGCAUUGUCAGCCCAGGAAAGAAUACGACCUUGUCCGAACAGAAAUGUAUGCUUUGGUAAAACAGGGCUGUUUAGAGGCCGAACAGAACAAUGUGCUCUCUGUGAAACUACUACAGGCGUUAUUGUUGGUUGCAUUGUAUGAAAUUGGAAAUGCUAUAUAUCCUGCUGCAUAUCUCACCAUCGGACACUGUGCAAGACUCGGAUAUGCUAUGGGAAUUCAUAACAGGCUGAAUGCGCCUCAGAUGUUCUCGCAGCCUGUGUCGUGGGCAGAAGCCGAAGAGAGACGUCGAGUGUGGUGGGCAGUUAUUGUGUUGGACAGAUUUGUCAACAUUGGUGGGGGUAAUCGCCCAUUUGCUGCCCAUGACGCGAAAUCUGAUGAUCUACUCCCUAUGGAUGAGGACAUCUGGGACAAAGGAGACUUUGUAGUUAUCCAGCCUUUGGCCGUAUCCGAAUAUGCCACACUUCGUACCUCAGCGUUUGCGCGUACAUGUCAGGCCUCUCAUCUUUUGUCACACGUUCUUCGUCACUUGAACGAAAGAAAUGAAGAUGUCAAGAUACAAUAUCAUGAAGCUAUGCAACUGCACCACAUCAUAGACACCUUUAGACAUGCCAUGAAUCAGGAGAUUGGGAACAUGAGCGACGAAAUCUACAACAGUGGAUAUAGUGUCUCUCACUUUACUGCCAUGGGCAUUUGCUAUAGUGCUCAGAUAGCGCUCUACGAUGCCUAUAUGUGUGCCGAUGCAGAUGGAAUGCAGGGAGUUGGGAUUCCAGAGCAGUUUGAGAUGCAGCAGGUCGCCAUAUCAGGUAUCAAGGAUACUUUUGUUCGCAUUCAUCAGCUCGCGAGCAUGAUUUAUUCGUCUGUUCAAGCGGGCGAUAUCUCAAAAUUGAGCCCAUUGAUUGCCGACAGUUUAUACCAAGCAGCACUGCUUAUUCAAGCGUAUAUCUAUGAAACACAAAAUAACGAAUAUACUCAGAAAAUGACGGAUAUCAUAGAGACACUAAAAUUACUCAAAGGUCGAUGGAAUGUUUCAGGCGAGUAA